AUGGAAAAUUUUUCAAGCGCAUCAUCAAGUUGCCAACAUGAAGAUGAUGAAGAGACAGUUGUAAAUAGUAGUAAAAAUGUUGAUAUACAGUAUACAUCCAAUAUGAAUAAAAUAAAUGAAUAUAUUGAAAAGCUAGAUAUGCUGGAUAAUAAUUUUGAUUUAAAAAUAACUUUAAAUCAACAAAGGGAAAAAGAAAAUUUUAUUAACAAUAUUGACAACAUAAAUAUCUAUAUAAAAAAACAUAUGUCAUUUAAAAAAAAGUUAAACGAAAUAAAUAAAUCUUUUAAAAAAAACUGUAACUAUGAUGCUUUUUCUAAAAUAGAAAAUGUGUACAAAACUAUAUCAAAUAUAAAUUCGUCUUAUGAAUUUAUUAUAUUAAAAAUAAAAAUUGAAGAUUAUAUAAAUAAAAUCGAAGAAAAAUUAAAAAUAAAUAAUUACAUUGAUACUAUUCCAUUUUUAAAGUUAUUUUUAGAAAUCCGGAAAAACAUAUUUAAAUAUAAUUCAUUAUAUUUUUUACAUCUUAAUGAACAAAAAUAUGAACAAAAUUUUUCCAGCUUUUUAAAUGACGAGGAUAAAACCCUUCAAAAUGAUAUGACAGAUUAUGUUAAUUAUAAAAGACCUUUAAUUUUUCAAAAUUAUUUAGAUAAAAAAAAAACACAUGAAAAAUUUCAAGCAUAUACACAAAUAUAUGAAAUAAAUAAAGACAAAAUAAAUUUGCUCAAUAGAUACUACAAUCGAGUAAAAGAGAUGAUAGAAAAUGAAAUAGUAGAAUUGAUUAAAAAAAAAGAUAUUGAAAAUGUAAAGAAUAAAAUUAACAUUUAUUUAAGUUUGUUCACAACACAAAAUAAAAAAAGCUUUGUAGAUAAGACAGACAAUACAAAUUCUACAUUAAAAAAUGGGGAAGUGAAUGGGGAAGUGAAUGGGGAAGUAAGUGGAGGCGAACGAAACGAUUCUAAAGAAAUGCCGUUUAAAGGAAGCGAAAAUAGUGACAAUUCGCAUUGUAGUAGUAAUGAAAGCGAUAGAAGUGGUGGGAAAGAGGACGAAAUAUGUGGCAAUAAAAAUGAUGUAGAUGAGUAUUUAAUAUAUUAUGAUGAAUAUUUAUUUGUUUGUAUAGUUAUAUACAAACUUGUAGAAAUAGAAAUCGAUAAAAUAAUUGAUUUGUUAAAAAAAAAAAUAGUUAGUAGUGAAGAUAAUAUUUAUAUAGAAUGCAUAAAAAAUUGUUACAAUUGUUUAUAUAAAUAUAAUUUAUAUUUUGAAAAUUUGGUUAAAGAUAAUCUAGUGUAUAUAAUAUAUAAUAGAAAAAUAGAAUUAAUAUAUAAUAAAAUAAUUAGUGUAAUAUUUCAAACAUUUUGUUCUCAAGCAAAAUUAUGUAUAAAUAGUUUUGAUGAAUUAAAAGAUUAUGAUAAAAAUAUCGAAAUAUUAUCAGUAUUAUGUUAUAAUUUUGUUAAUAUAAAAAUAUAUUUACAUGAUUUAUAUAUUAAUAAAUUUCAAAAAUUAAACAAUAUGUUUGAUAUAAAAAAUUAUAUAAAUACAAAUAUAUAUUCAAAUAUAAAUGGAAUAUAUAAAAAUAUACCAUAUAUAAAUAUUAUACAAGAUUCUAUAUGUUUUUAUAUAGAUCAUGAGAUUCUAUUUUCUAGACAUUGUAUAAAUAAAGCAUUUAUUUUGACAGAUGAUAUUAUGCUAUCUCUAAUUAAUGAUGAGAAUAAUAAAACAGUUGAACCAUUUAAUCAAAAUAUUUCAACAUAUAAUGAUGAAAUAUAUAGUAUUAACAGUGCAGGUAAUAAUAAUGAAUAUACUUCCACUUUUUUAGAAGACUCUUUUUUUAUUUUUCAAAAAUCUGUUUGUAGAAGUAUAAAUAUGAAUGAUAUUAAUAUUAUAUGUGUUUUGAUAAAUAAUAUUAUGAUAAUAAUAUCUACAACCUUAAAAGAAUAUUUAAAAGAUAAUAUAAAAACAAGUCGAAAUAUAUAUUCUUCAUUUAUUCAUGACAUAAAUAAUUUAAAAAAAUUCUCUUUUAAAAAAUUGUUAAAAAGCAUAGACAAUAAUAAUUAUACAGAAAAUAGUAAAAAUAAUAAGACUGUGCAAAUAGCUCAAAAUUUUGUAACAUCACUAAGUUAUAUUAGUUCUGAUAAUAAUAAUGAUGAUGACAAAAAAAAUAAUUUUAGCAAUAUUAGCAAUAUUAGCAAUUUUAGCAAUUAUAACGUUGCUGAUGCUUCAAACAAUUCCCAUACUACACAUUAUGGCCUAAAUAACACUUCCGAUAAAUUAUUAACAGGUCAUUCUAAAAAUAAUACAAAAACGGUUAAUAAUAAAAUAAAAAUUGAUGACAUUUAUAAUUAUUUAUCUCAAGACAAUUAUAAUAAUUUAUACAAUCCCUUAAAUAACAAUCAAGAUAAUAAUAUAGAAAAUCAAAUUAUUAAUUCCAAAUUUAGUUAUCCUCAUUGUGUUAAUAAUAUUGAAGCAUGCCAUCAGUAUAUACAAAAAUAUAAAAUUUUUAUUCAUGAUUAUUUUUCUGAACGAUUUUUACAAAAUGAUAUAUCUCAAAAAAAAAAAACUCAAAAUUAUUUACUAAUGUUUAAUAAUGCAUUGACUAAUUAUGAUAAUAUUUUAAAUGAUUAUGAAAAAUUAAAUAUAGAAAAUUGUAAAAAUUUAUUAAAUAUUUUAAAAAUACAUUUUGUUUCUCAAUUAGUAGUAAUAGAAAAUAUCAACUUUGACAUUUCUAGCGAACAAUAUUCUUAUUACCAAUUAAAUGAUCCAUAUAUACAUAAUUUAACAGUUAAGAUUAAGUUAAUUUUGCAUCAUAUAUCUCUUUAUUUUAAUCAAAACAUUUUCCAUAUAAUUGUAAACAUGUUGGCUGAAAAGAUUUGCAAAUAUAUCGAACGGAUUAUAAUGACGAAGAAAUUUAGCCUUUAUGGAUGUGUGCAAAUAGAUAACGACAUAAGAAAUCUCAUGUUAUUUUUUACUUCAGUAACAAGUAUUAAUAUAAAGAAAGAAUUCUUAAAAUUAUUGGAAAUUUGUGAAUUAUUGAAUAUAAAUGAUUUACAAGAUUUUAAAGAUUUUUAUGAUGAAAAUAAAAACAACCUAACCACAAAUGAAAUUGAAAAUAUAAUAUCACUAAGAAAUGACAUUCCUGAUGAUUUUUUAAAAUCAAUUAAGUUAUAUAUGAAUUUGAAGAUUUAG